CUAAAAAUAGAAAGAAAACAGAGAGUUGCACAUAACCCUGAUCAUCCCGUUUUGGCAAAAGUUGCACAUAACAUUAAACGGAGGUAGUAUUUUUUAAAAAAAAAUUCAUGAUGAAUGUUUAAGCCUAGACCAACCCACCAUAAAUACCCAGAGUUGCUCUUCUUUCAUUGUAUAAGCUUGUGUCAUUUUCAUUGUCAACAAAACCUUCAAAAGCCCUCCUCAUCUUCCUUGUCUUUACAACUGUAAUAAAGAGGGAGGGAUAAGAAAAAAGCAACCGAGCGAUCCUUUAUUCAGUUUAGUUUGUCUUCUUUCUACCUCUGCAUACUGUUGUCAUCUCUUGUUUCGCCUAGGGCCCAUAAAAUAUCAGAAACGACUCUGGUGUCUAAGGUAAGAAUUCGACAGAGUUGUUCGCUUGCAUAUACUCCAAAACACAAACUCGACUUUCACUAGCUCCAAAUAUUCACAAUAGCCAUAGCUUUUUGCAAAACAUAACAGCCUAGCUUUCCAUUUCCUCCCAUUCCCCUUACCUUCCUCCCAAAAAAAAAAAAAAAAACACAGUUGUUACAUGUUCAUUAGCACCCCUAGUAGCCGCAUCUGAGACUAAAAAGUUACGAAAAGUUGUGGGGUAUUUUCUUAUAAUAGCCACAAAAAUCAGUAUAAAUAGCAGGGUUGUCAUUGGCAUUGUACUCUGAUUAUUUGUUCAGCCAUUUUUGUCCAUCCUCAAACUCACCCUUCCACGUACAGAUUUAAUAAUCACUUAUACUACGACAUAUAGUAUAAUUCGAUAGUAUACAUAUUUGCGGAUAUCAAUCAGUAUCACCAUGAGUCACUCAUACUCAUUCUGCAAACACGCACAAACCCUCUUUCCUGGAGGGCUUAACUCGAGUUCUAUGAACUUCCACAAUAAUCACAAGAAUAAAGUGGUGUUUGUAAUGGGUGCCACAGGUACUGGGAAGUCGAAACUUUCGAUUGACUUGGCAAUUCAACUUCAGGCUGAGAUUAUAAAUUCUGAUAAGAUUCAAGUGUACAUAGGGCUGGAUAUUGUCACGAACAAAGUGACAGAAGAAGAGUGUAGGGGUGUACCCCAUCAUCUGUUACGGAUAAUCGAUCCUGAUGUUGAAUAUAAUGCUAAUAAUUUCCGGCGUGAUGCCUUGCUUGCUAUUGAAUCCAUCAUCGAACAAGACAAGCUUCCGAUUAUAGCAGGUGGAUCGAACUCGUUCAUUGAGUCCCUAGUGAAUGAUCAUCCUGACUUCACUUCAAAGUACGAGUGUUGCUUCCUUUGGGUUGACUUAUCCCUACCUAUUCUCCAAUGCUUUGUAUCAGAACGCGUUGAUCAGAUGGUUAAAGCAGGAUUGGUGGAUGAGGUAAGAGGAAUAUUCGACCCUGAAGCCGACUACACACAGGGAAUACGACGGGCCAUUGGUGUCCCUGAAUUGGACAGUUUUCUUCGAGCAGAAGGGCAAAAUGUGGACCCUGAAAUGUUGGAGACUCUCCUCCAAGUAGCCAUUGAUGAAAUCAAAGCCAAUACGUGUAAGCUAGCUUGUCGACAACUGCAGAAAAUCCAUCGCUUAAGAGACUUCUGGGGAUGGAACCUGCAUCAUAUUGAUGCUACAGAAGUAUUUCUAAAGCAAGGAAAAGACGCUCAAGAAGCAUGGCAGAGACUCGUUGUAGGUCCGAGUGCCAUGAUCGUGAGGCAAUUCCUCAACAGAAACACCAGUGUUCAAAGUAUUCCGAAAACAUCAGGAACUACUGUCAUACGUCGUGGAUACUAUGGAGGUCAUACAGACGCUUACAAGAAAAUGGGUAGAAACCUAUUCUACUACGAUGUGAACUCACUCUAUCCAUUCAUUAUAAAAAAAGGUCCCAUGCCAGGAGGUAAGCCAGUCUGGGAUGGUAAUAUGGUUGAUAAGGACAUAGACAGCCUAUUUGGAUUUAUAGAGGCUUUUGUGUCAUGCCCUUCUUCAGUCAAAAAACCUUUUCUCCCCGUUCAGGGAAAAGAUGGUACACUUCUCUUCCCCACGGAUGAUUUUGUUGGUGUAUACUAUAGCGAGGAGUUAAAGUAUGCAAGAGACAUAGGCUACACUGUGAUUCCAGAGUGCAGUACCUAUAGCAGCCAUGGCGACUGCAUCUCACUAGACAACACCGUACGUUUAUUAUAAAUAUACAAACAUAUAUUCAACACAACCCGUUUGCCGCCUUUACAGAUUUGAACACUGCCUCAUACAGAAAACAAAACAAAAAUAAAAAAAAAAAUAGUUCAAAAUCUUUUCUUUUUGGGGGGGAGGGGGGCAAUAGAAACGUUGCUAUCAGGUUGUAAAGAGCCGUACCAUUGGUAUCAGUAUAGAAAAACGGGAAGUCUGUGACGGCUACAACGGCGCACACGCACACGCACACGCGCACACAAAAAUUCCGUACAGUUAAACUAAGUGGAGGUAGUAGGCCUACUCCAAUAUAUCAUAAGAGGAAUCAUCCAAAUAAGACGUGUGUAGGAGCCCAUACCAAAUGUGAGGCGUUUUGGCUUUUUAAUAUGCCCAUUCCUUUGCACUUUUUUGUCGUUUCAUUUUAUUUUUUUUUUUUUUUUUUGGGAACUAGAAAGUUUGUCAGCUUGCCAUUUGUCUUGUUAUUUCUUUAGACAUGGGAAUAGUUUGGGUUGAGCCGAUGGUGUGCCCCCUUCAUCCAUAUGAUUGAGUUAUGAUUUGUUCUUUUCUACUUAGAUAAUUUAUGUAUUAUGAAUGAAAUAUUGAGAUUUGUCCAACGUACGAAGUAUAUAUCUUGCUCUCAAAUCAUAAAUAUGCAUGAGCUCAAUUGAUUGUUCAAUUUAUUGUUUUAGAGAUAAGAAAAUUGAAUAGAUAAAAUAGGCUUUCAUCAAUGAGUUUCAAUUCGAACUUGGUUAAGAACGAAGCUUUUGGUGAUACAAUGGUAGUAUCGUUAACUUUCCAUCAACCCAGGUGUGGCUUCAAGAUUUCUUAACCCCUCUCCCGGCCCCCAUCCCCCCUACCCAUCUA